GUCCGUGCCCGAGCACCGGGGAGGUCACACGGAGCCCCAGCCCGUGUCAGAGCCGGCCCUGGAGACACCGACCGAGUUUCUCGGGGAAGCCGCAGCCCGCAGCUGUUCGCGUGGGGAAAAUCACGAGCGCGGACGAGCCUGUGGCGACUCCGCGGUCACGGGGGAAGGAGGGAAGGGAGAGGGGGCGGUGGCGGCCCGGGGCUGUCACAGCCAGCCCUCCUGGCACUGCUGACGUGGUGCCAGGGACCGGGCUCAUUUCGGAGGGGAACCGAGCUGAGAGAGGCUGGCUGAGCCGCAGCAGCCAGCGCCUGCUCCUGCAGCAGCCUCCAUUCAUCCCUCCGUCCCUUCCGCGCUGCCCCUUCUCCGCCUCCUCCGCCGACCGUGGCUCUCCCCUUCCCAUCCCCGGGCCUCGGAAAGGCGGAGGGAAGGGGGCCAAGGGAAGAGCCGCCCGGCCGUGAAGGGAGAGGAGAGGGAUGGCAGGGGCACGGGGGUGCGAGGGCAGGAGGGCCGCUUCCCGCCUGCUUGGGGCACUUUGCCUCGCCGCCUGCUUUCCCCUGGUGCACGGCAGGGACACCGGAGCAGCCUGGACCCUGGAGAAGUAUUCUCACCAACCAAGAAUUUUACAUUCUGACACUAUUCAAAAAGUUGCAGCAAACACAGAUGUUUCUGAAAUGUGGGAGAAUGAUUUGCGCCCUAUCCUGAUAGAAAGAUACCCCGGAUCACCAGGAAAUUACAUCGUACGACAGCAUAUCAAGCACCGUCUUCAAAGAUUACAGGCUGGUUGGGAAAUUGAGGAAGAUACAUUUCAGGCAUACACCCCAUAUGGAUAUCAAACGUUUUCAAAUAUUAUCAGCACUCUCGACCCCUCUGCAAAACGCCACCUAGUACUUGCGUGCCACUACGACUCAAAGUUCUUUGGACAGCAAUGGCAGGAGAGAGUAUUUGUGGGAGCAACCGAUUCAGCCGUGCCUUGUGCUAUGCUAUUGGAGCUGGCACGUGCCCUGGAUAACAAGCUUCAGUUAAUCAAGACCAGCUCAGCGUCAAGACCAGACCUUUCACUUCAGCUCAUUUUUUUUGAUGGUGAAGAAGCCUUUGUCCGGUGGUCCCCUUCCGAUUCUCUCUACGGAUCUCAACACUUAGCUCAAAAAAUGGUAUCUACUCCACAUCCACCCGGAUCAACAACCACAAAUCAGCUUCAGGGCAUAGACUUGCUUGUACUACUGGAUUUAAUUGGUGCACCAAACCCAGUCUUUCCCAAUUAUUUUCCAAACACAAUUCGAUGGUUUCAGAGGCUUCAAGCAAUUGAGCAAGAGCUACACAACAUGAACCUGUUGAGGAAUCACCUUGCUGAAAGGCAGUAUUUCCAGAGUACCGUACAUCGGGGCUUGAUUGAAGAUGACCACGUUCCAUUUUUAUUAAGAGGGGUUCCAGUCCUACAUCUGAUUCCAUCCCCUUUUCCUGCAGUAUGGCAUACCAUGGAGGACACAGAAGAAAACCUCGACAAAACCACUGUCGACAACCUCAGCAAAAUCCUGCAAGUGUUUGUGCUGGAAUAUCUAAACCUGUGACAGGCAAAAUGGCAACAAAUCCUACUCCAUUCUAAAUACUGUUUGCCCACCUUCACAUCUGCUAUUUGAUUGCAUUGGAGAGCACUAAGGCAAAGCAAAAAAUGAUAGCUCUUGCUAGACUGAUUAUUGAUUCAGCUGUUCCUGGCCCAAUGUUCCACGUAACCAAAUAAGAUAGCAUUAAAUAAGAAUUGUCUCAGCCUGGAAAGAAUUUGAUCUAUGUCUUACCUCUAAAUAAAAACAUCCAGAUCUUUUCCACAUUGCUAUGACUGCUUUAUGUUACAUUAAGAUCCCAGGAGGGAAUGCCUCCUGACUUCAGUGUUACCUACAGUUUUUACAAGGUGUGACCAGCUAGUGUGGUGUUCAGCAAUGAAAAUUCAGACCAUAUUAUCAAAAGAAGCAAAAAUGACAAGAAAACUGACUUCUACUUCGAGUUGAACUAAACCACCUCAUCCUGAAAUGAGCUGCUAGAAUUCCUGACACACUGAAGGGAUUUUAAUCCUCUCCGUUCCCUCUCCUCCUUCCCCUACAAGGACAGCUGCAAGGGUUCUUGUGCAUGGACAGCAGGCCAUUCAUUUGUGUGAGAACCAUUCACAAUUUCACCCAAAGUAAAAAAACCCAACAAAAUCCAACCUGCUGUUUUUAAUACAGAUUACAUUAGAAGUAACGAUAAUAGGAAAGUGACCAUUUCAGAAACUACAGUUUCAUAUAAACAUAUUUUUAAAGGCAAAGUGCUAUGAAAAGUAAAGUAAGUAUGAGAGUCAGAAGCAAAAAGACAGUUUAAGCACCAAAAAGUAAGGACAAGCCGUAGCCUGUAUCAGAAAAAUAUACUCACCAGUUUAACAAUCCUAUGCUUUUACAUUCUGUACUGGAAUUAUUCAAUAAAUUUAGUCUAACACUCUAGCAAAAAUCUACCCUGGAAUGAACUCAAUACAAGAAGCCAGAAGAAAGGUAUUCAAAAGCUACCUACAGAAUGAGGGUUUCUACCUGUGAGAUAAAGAUGAGAGCAUUUGAAGAAAAAUAUAUAAAACCUAAAUAAAAUCAAGCUCAAGGUAAAGGAUCAAAUGGGGAAAAAACAAGUCAGUAUUUUACUGCUCUGAAGUUCUUCCAUUAAAAAGUUCUAUCCUGGGCAAAGAGAUGUAAGAAGGAAAUAAGCUGUGGAGUUGUAGGCAUGUUGGAUUUAGCCUGUAUUUUACCAUUUUCCUAAAGCAAACAUCUCUGAACCUAAGACAACAUUUACACAUGUAUUAUAAAGUUGCAAUAGAAAUAUCUAUUUACAGCAAUGUAAAUUUGUAAAAUUUUACUAUUACAGGACAGCCUGAAAAUGAAACUGCCUGUGUUUUCGCUCAAGAUGAAACAAAAGCAUUUUUUGUUUUCCCAUCACUUUAACAUUUGUGUGAAAUGUCUGUAUCCUGCGUGCAACUUCUGAAAUAGAAUACAAUGAAAAUUCUAAAAA